UAAUACAAGUGAAAAGACCUGGCAGGCCAGACCAAACACAUACACAAAAAAAGAAGACAAUAUUAAAAUCAAUUAAAAUAAAAUAGAUUUCGAGUUUUGAUUAGCCAUCGGAGAGAAGAAGAAGAAUGAUAGAUAACUGGAUCACGAGAGGGACAAAGAAGCAGAAGAAAUAAACUUUAAAAGGGAAUUUUUUUUUUUGUGAAGUCAACAACAAACAAUGAAGGAAGGAAGGAGAAUCUGACCCCCAAAAUCGCAUAAAGUUUCGUACUUUGGAAGGGGGCUUUGCUGGAGAAUUUAAGGAUCUCUCUCUCUCUCUAUUUCAGGUAUUGAGUUAUGUGGAAACAGAUCAUAAGUAAGCUUCCUAAGAAGUCUUCAAAGAACCAUUCUUCAUCUAAUGCAACUGCAUCUACUUCCAAGAGUAGUAGUAGUAGUAGUGACAAUGGAACCGGAAAGUCUCACGCCAAGAACGCUGCUCCAGCUGCAAAGCCUGCUGCUGCUUCCCCUCCUGACACAGGGCCCAAAGAUGGCAACUUUAAGCAGGGUAACGGGAUCUAUGAAGCCUUGCCGAGUUUCAAAGACGUUCCAAACGCCGAGAAGCAAACCUUGUUUCUGAAAAAGCUCAGCUUGUGCUGUGUGCUGUUCGAUUUCUCUGAUCCCUCCAAGAACGUUAAGGAGAAGGAGAUUAAACGUCAGACGUUGCUUGAGCUGGUUGAUUACGUGGCUACUGCUAACGGGAAGUUUAGCGAGACUGUUAUCCAAGAAGCGGUUAGGAUGGUGUCCGUUAACAUAUUCAGAACGUUGAAUCCUCAGCCUCGUGAGAAUAAAGUUAUCGAUGCGUUGGAUUUGGAAGAGGAAGAGCCUUCUAUGGAUCCUUCUUGGCCUCACUUGCAGCUUGUCUACGAGCUUCUCUUGAGGUUUAUUGCUUCGCCUGACACCGAGACUAAGCUGGCUAAGAAGUACAUUGACCAGUCUUUCGUCACGCGGUUGCUGGAUCUGUUUGAUUCAGAGGAUCCUAGAGAGAGAGACUGUCUCAAAACCGUUUUGCAUCGCGUCUAUGGUAAAUUCAUGGUUCACCGUCCCUUCAUCAGGAAAUCCAUAAACAAUGUCUUCUACAGGUUUGUAUUUGAGACUGAGAAACACAACGGGAUUGCUGAGUUUCUUGAGAUUUUGGGGAGUAUCAUCAACGGGUUUGCUCUGCCGCUUAAGGAAGAGCACAAAGUGUUUCUGGUUCGGGCGUUGAUACCUCUCCACAAACCGAAAUGCUUGCAGAUGUAUCACCAGCAGCUGUCUUAUUGUAUCACGCAGUUUGUGGAGAAAGAUUGCAAACUUGCUGAUACGGUUAUAAGAGGACUGUUGAAGUCUUGGCCUGUGACGAAUAGUUCUAAGGAAGUCAUGUUUCUAAACGAGCUAGAGGAGGUGUUGGAAGCAACUCAGCCACCUGAGUUCCAACGGUGUAUGGUCCCGUUGUUUCGCCGAGUUGCUCGGUGUUUGAACAGUCUCCAUUUUCAGGUUGCGGAAAGAGCUUUGUUCUUAUGGAACAACGAUCAUAUCGAGAAUCUAAUAAAGCAGAACUGUAAAGUUAUUCUUCCUAUCAUUUUCCCUGCACUGGAGAGAAACACUCAGAAGCAUUGGAACCAAGCUGUUCAUAGCUUGACGCUGAACGUGCAGAAGAUAUUUAAUGACAACGAUCCAGAGUUCUUCAAGGAAUGUCUCGCCAAGUUCAGAGAAAGUGAAUCAAAAGAAGCUGAAGUCGAAGCGAAACGCCAGGCCACAUGGAAACGUUUGGAAGAGAUUGGGAUGCAAAAGCAAAAGAGUUCUUCUUCCUAAGGUUUGCUUUAGUUGUAGAGAGAGAGAGAGAGAGAGAGGUUUUGAUUUUUGUAAUUUCGUUUUUUACUGCAUUGGAAUAUUGGUUUUCUUUUUGUUUUUUUGGUAUUCUCUCCAGAAAUCUUUAGUGAGAACAAGUUUCAGUUUCCAUCUUCUUUGAAGAGAUGCAAAGAUGUAAGAUCAUUUCUUGUUUUAAUUUUCUUUAUUUAUGAUCUUCUUGUUCA